UGGGGCAGUGCUGUGAGAUAGACACCGCGGAUGAGCAACCCGAGCCAUGUAUUUUCUAGCGACGUUCGCAGUAUGCACCAACAUUGACUCUCGCAUAGGGAUAAUAUCGCACAAUCUGUAACAUGGAUAUUCCUCACAUCCUGCCGCCCCCUUGCUCGCAAGCUCUGGCGGCAAUGGUUAUGGACGGAACGGUCCUAUACUCCAGGCGGCUUGAAUCCGAACCGUUACACAUCAGGCUACUCACAGUGGAAGCCGGAGAGGUUGACGAUGGAGAAACGACAAUCGUAUGUCGCUUGGAUACGUUCUGUUUCGAUACAUCUAUGCCUGACUACACGGCUCUUUCUUAUACUUGGGGGAAUGCAGAGUCGUCUGUCGAGAUCACAGUCAAUGGGGUGUGCAAACACGUCAGUCCAAAUUUGGCCGCAUUUUUUUGGCAUUGGAUUCAGAAUCACGCAAGGGAUAAUAAAACAGAGAAUUUGAGUAGAUACCUGUGGGUCGACGCGCUUUGCAUCAAUCAGGAAGACGAGAAGGAGAAGUCGUUUCAAGUCGCAGCCAUGGGCAGGAUUUACAGCUCCGCAACGGCCACCAUCGCAUGGCUUGGUGUCGAGGGUCAGAACAGUGCAGUCGGCCUUGAGUAUAUUGGCCGAAUUGCGCGAGCGCUGAAAGAUAGCUGGAGUGAGCAGACAGUGGAUUUCACAACUGACCUGAGGGUGUGGUUCCAGAAGAACCCUCGACUUGCGCAUGCCAUGACUACCCCGCCGAGGGGAGGGGAGCCUCACAUUCUCCUGAACAGCAGGAUCUGGGACGGGAUCCUGAGGCUGUUCCAGCGGGACUAUUGGCAGCGCUCUUGGAUACAACAAGAGAUUGUCCUUUCUCAGUCCGUACGCCUGUGGUGUGGACCGAGCCAGUCACCCAUGGGUGACGUAUACAAGCUUGCAGACUGGCUGGUAGACUUUCGUCUUUUAUUCGGUGCCAGGGGCGACCGAGGCUUAGACUUGGGUCCAUGGCAAGAUGUGAUUGGUGAAUGGAGGCAUUCCAUGGUGCAUGACUUUGUAGACUGUGUUCAUCAUUUCUCCGGACUAAGGAGGACCUUCUCGACUUCACCUAGCUCCGUCGAUCAGAAGCAAAACCCUAUGCUCUUCCACCUACUUCGUACAGCCGGUGGCAAAUUCAAAUCCACUGAUCCCCGAGACAAGCUGUACAGCCUUCUUGGGCUAUUGCCGCUCUGCCUCAUACCGGAUUAUACCCACUCCGUCGAACUUGUCUACACCGAAUUUACCAAGAGCUGCCUGCAAGGACAGGGCGGACUCAGUUACCUCGAAUUAGCAGGACCCGGCACGUUGGACGACUUGACCGAAGUCCAACGCCUUUUCCUCCCAUCUUGGGCGAUCAAUUGGGACGCUCUCAGCAGUCAAGUUCGGCCAAAGUCUCGCCGACCUAAAUCCAAUCAGCCAACAAAAUUUUCCAUCAAUGCCCGGUUUGAUGGCAAUGUACUUUGCAUAGAUGGCAAUUCCAUAUGUGCUAUAGAAGCACAUUCUAAAGAAACAAACGACAUGGUGAAGUUCUUCACAGAAAUAAUCCAUGGUUUCGCGAGAAACAAUCCUGGGGGGUCGCCCGUCGUGGAAUUCUUCCGUGCCGUAUGCCUUGAUGUGGAACCCGGAAAAGAGCAUGGUAUCGGCCUUGCCAUGGCCAUGAUUACCAUGGACGCCGGCUUUGAUGUGCUCGACCGAGUCGUGCAUGCUCUCCGCUGCCGACUUGGGAUGUCCAUCAAGGACAUACUAAAUUGCUUCGAUCAUUUUCCCGAAAGCGCCGAUAGGCUCUACAGGGAUGUCGGCUUUGGAUCCAUGUUUCGGGCACCGGAUUUGCCCGUUGAUAGCACGACCGUCGAGGACUAUCUGAGAAUCCACCAACAAAACAUACCUGAUAUUUACUACAAGCGCUCCGACGAUGAGCUCGUUUCAAAUUUUGCGAAAUUCAACCUUUUUAUGACCGCUAAAGGUUAUGCCGGUUGGGGUCCCGCUGCAGCGCAGUAUGGCGACCUCGUAAGCCUCGUUCCUGGCUGCGAGUUCCCUUUGCUAUUGAGGCAGGUCGAUGAUUAUUUCAUUCUGCUUGGACCGUGCUGGGUGCUUGGGCUAAUGGAUGGUGAGUACUACAAGGGUCGACGGGACAUCGCGGACGAUUUAAGGGAGUUCCGCAUCAUGUAAUGGGUCUGCAACCUCGUAUUAUGUGUUUUUAUUAUGUAAAGCUCAAUAUGAUACCGUGGCCAUCGACCAAUACCCUGGACUAUAAAAGCAAGAACUGUACAUAAACUUUCGAAUGACACGGAAAAGAUGGGACAGCAAUCUGAAAGCAGUCAGUGUAACUGAUGGAAUAACUGGCGACCAGUAAAUUAAACAUGUCCGACUUUGUACUCUCUUACAAGUUAGGUGGUAAGAAUGGCGACGAUACGAAGGCCCUCUCCGACGGUCAGCGUUUGGCAAUCGUGGAUGAAAUGCUUGUUGAGCACAUGGGAUACUACGGGUCUGAUGUCGCUCCGGCUAUAGCCAGAGAUGCAGCCGAGGUCAAACCGGAGGAUGAGAAGCGAGACCUUCGUCCCGUGAGGUAUUUGUUACCGGCAUUAGUGUCGUUAGGAGCGCACCGCAACCGAGCGAAUAGGCAGCAUUGAUCCUGAU